AGGAUAGAGUGGGCGUGGCGUCAGGCUCGGCGAGAGAGAAAAGCAAAACAAUCAUUUUUAUCCCCUUUACCGGCUGCUUUUAGGGUCCGUAGUGAAAUACACUCUCGACAGAGAGUCGUAGUCCACACAAUACUGUUAAAUGCAUCUUUUCCCGCUCAGCACUAAAGUCUACCGAAAGCUGGUGAUUUUGUUAAGUCACAUCUGAUUCAGGUUGAAAAUGACUUCCAAACGGCUUCUCGAGCAGCCUCGAGCCGGCGACAGCACGCACGAGGGGGGCUGCGCCGGGCAGCGCGAGCCUGUCAUUGGAAAAGCGCUGCAUGAAGGUGCUGUAAGGAAUUUUGGCAAAGAAAUCUCUCCAAAUGGACAUUACUAUACCUCAGGGAGAGAGAGGCACUACAUUCAUAAGAAAUUUGCAUGUGGCAGAGAAGAGGACGAACAGAGCUCAGGUGGGGUCCUUAAACACGGCUGUCCUGCUCAUCGCCUGAUCCUGAAUGGCAUCAGGCUACAAGACCAAACCCACAUGGAGGCUCUGAGUCUGGUGAGAGGGCCUGGGGAGCCGGGAUGUCGCCUUCCAUCUCCCGAGACAGCAUACCCGCACACGUCCUCCAUCAUCCCCGUCCCACAUGACAGGAGGCCUUCUGGUCAUGCUGAUAAAGAAGUGAUGGCCGCCACCGUCCUGACCACACUGUCCACCAGCCCGUUGGUGCUCAACCCUUCCUCCAGUGCCUCAGGUGUAGAUCUGGCUAGUAAGGGCUGGAAGGAGAGCCUGUCUGCCAGCUACAGCAGCUCCACCAGUGGGAACUGGAGCUGGGACGCCAGUGACCAAUCGGUGCCCUCCACACCGUCCCCGCCCCUCUCCAACGAUGCCGGGAAGAGCUUCCUGCUUUCCUCCCAGAGUGAUGACAACAAUGAGGAAACCGAGAGUACACACUUCCUGUUUGAGGACCCCAUCCCCCGGAAACGAAAGAACUCCAUGAAGGUGAUGUUUAAGUGUCUGUGGAAGAACUGUGAAAAAGUCCUCAGCACCUCCUCAGGGAUCCAGCGCCACAUCCGCACCGUCCACCUGGGGCGAAAUGGAGAUUCUGACUACAGCGAUGGCGAGGAGGAUUUCUACUACUCUGAAAUCGAGGUGAACAUGGACACUCUUUCGGAGGGGCUGUCCAACCUCACGCCCACCUCUCCUACUACGUCCGGGCCGGCCCCCGUCUUCCCCAUCCUGACUUGUGAUGUGUCUCGAUCUGAGCCCGCCCACAUGAUCCACACCCCACUCAGCCAAUCAGCACCGUCGGCGCUGUGUCACAUCCGCACUGACCACGCUUACCAGGCUACAACCCCUGUCAGCAUUCCCAGCAUGCCCUCUGAACCGCCUCACAGUGAGGAUAGGAUUAGUGUAUCCUGGCAGUCGCCCCCUGUCAUAUAUAAAGCUCUACCGGGCCCGAUGACUCAAAUCCGCACUGUGAGCAUUGGUGAGAAAAGACAACCUGUUAACCACACCACUGUCAGCAAACCACACAGCAACAACACCUCUGCUUCCAAACCUACCACUGGAACCAGGAAACCGCGUGGCGAAGCCAAGAAGUGCCGAAAGGUGUACGGCAUGGAGAAGAGGGACCUGUGGUGCACAGCGUGCCGUUGGAAGAAGGCCUGCCAGCGCUUCACUGACUGAGCUUUAUCCUUUAGCCCACUUCAAAACGUGCUCUUUUAUUGCAGCUGUUCCACGGAUUAAGCCCCGAUAUCUCCUGCACAACUCUCACAGGGGACUUGAUGAGCUGAGAUGGUGUCCGUCUGAGGCGUGUGGCCUUUUAAAUGUCACUGAUUCCUCAAGGCCACGAGGGGGUGCUCUUUUCCUACUGCUUCCAUAGUGGAACAAUGAGACUUUUAUUCAGAAAAAAAAAAACUGAUAAAAAGCUAAAAAGAGGAAAAUACUUUGGAAAAAAAAAAAAAAAGCUUUUUGGCUUUUGCUGCAUUGCAUAGUAAGGCAAAAAAAAGUUACUUUUUCAUAAGUAAUCCAGAAAUGAAACAUUCAAAGCAGAUUUUUUCAGGCAGUUUAUUAUACUUUGAUGUUUUGUGAGCAUUCUGUGGAAUACAGCUAACGAUUUUCCAUGAUUUUAAGUGUGGCAGACUUUAUACAUAGCAGUUUUUAACUGUUCAAAACUCUGUAAGCUACUUUGACUGGGUAUUGAGUAUUUUAAACAGUUAACCCUCUCACACCAAGAAACUCAAAUUCAUUUAUGGACAUCAUUUACUAUUUCUGGAUUUACCGCUUUAUUUUGCCUACAAGCACUUUUAACGGCCAUGAAAAUCAUUUUCCAUUUCGAUAAAGCAGAGUGCAGUUUAGCAUCGCGACUGGCGCGUUCAUGUCCGCGGUGAGCGUUUCGCCAAAUAGUCAAAAACUGUUUCGACACACAUUGCUAAAGUAAUACCUCUAAACAAGAAUGAGCCUUUCAGAGAGAGGCCUCGGUGUACUUCAGCGCGAGUAGUUGUAGUGCAGGAAUGUAUAAUGGCCUCUCUCUGCUCUUACGCACCGAAACUAUUCUGUCCCUCACAGAUCAACUGCCUCUUUAUAAGCUAUGAGGUUUAUUCCUGUCAGUCCACAGUAUUAAUUCAACGGCAGGCACUUUAACCAGCCACACGUCAUCCCAGCAGGACAUCCCAGUCUAAUGUGAUUCAGAAAUCAAGUGUUUUCCACACAAACACACCUUCCUGCAUAUGUCGGAGUCUUUGUGGCAAAUUCGGGCCGCAUUGUGCUUCCUAAGAAAUUAUUUUCUUCUCGUUCAGCUUAUGGAUAUUAUUCACAUAAAGGAAACGCUUGCUCUGAUAACAUGUAGAUGUCUUCCACUGUGCUUUCUUUUCAUAUGGAGGUGAUCAUGUGAUGUCUUCAUGUAAACAGGCACACUGUGCUGUCUGACCCUCUCAAUAUGAGCCAAGCAGCUCUGAGCUGUUACACUGCCAAAAAAAUGAUCGGCUUUGUAUUUUUUCCAUUACAAAUAUCUAAAAGCGCUCAAGAUGCAUUUACUUAAAGGGAUAGUUCACCCAUAAAUGAAAAUUUUGUCAUAAUUUAACCACCCUCAUGUUGUUCCAAACCUGUACGAGUUUCUUUCGUACGUUGAAUGCAAAAGAAGAUAUUUAAAAGAAUGUUGGUAAUCAAACAGUUGACUUCCAUAGCAGGAAAACAAAAUACUAAAUGGCUACCUGUCAACUGUCAGGUUACCAACAUUCUUCAAAAUAUCUUCUUUUGUGUUCAACAGAUGAAAGAAACCUGUACAGGUUUAGAACAACUUGAGGGCGAGUAAGUGACAGAAUUUUCAUUUUUUUUGGGUGAACUAUCCCUUUAAGAAUGGAAAUGACUCGAUAUCAAGUCUUAAGGUGAUGAUACGUGGGGCAGCUUUUUGAGCAAUGUUGCUUGGGCACUUUCCUACGGAAGAGGAUUAGGGCCAAGCAAUAA